GUGCCGGAGCACGGCUUCUGCCAGCCCAUCUCCAUCCCACUCUGCACCGACAUCGCCUACAACCAGACCAUCAUGCCGAACCUCCUGGGCCACACGAACCAGGAGGACGCCGGGCUCGAGGUGCACCAGUUCUACCCGCUGGUGAAGGUCCAGUGCUCCGCGGACCUGAAGUUCUUCCUGUGCUCCAUGUACGCCCCGGUGUGCACGGUGCUGGAGCAGGCCAUCCCGCCGUGCCGGUCGCUGUGUGAGCGCGCGCGACAAGGGUGCGAAGCCCUGAUGAACAAGUUCGGCUUCCAGUGGCCCGAGCGCCUCCGCUGCGAGGGGUUCCCCGUCCACGGCGCCGGUGAGAUCUGCGUGGGCCAGAACACGUCCGAGCCCAACAGCCCAGCCUCCGUAUCCCCCUACCCUCCUGAUCCCGUGACCCUCCCACCCAUCGGUGGUCGACCCCCUCACCGUUCUCCCGUAAACAACCAGCCGCACCAGUUCUCCUGCCCACUCAAGCUGGAGGUGCCCCCCUACUUGGGCUACAGAUUCAUGGGGGUCAAAGACUGCGGGGCCCCAUGUGAGCCAACAAAACCAAGUGGAAUCAUGUAUUUCCGCGAGGAUGAGGUGAAAUUUGGCCGCCUGUGGGUGGGCAUCUGGUCCAUCCUGUGCUGCGUGAGCACCUUGUUCACGGUUCUCACAUAUCUGGUGGACAUGAGGCGGUUCCGAUAUCCUGAGCGGCCUAUCAUCUUCCUGUCUGGGUGCUACUUCAUGGUGGCUUUGGCCUACGCCGCCGGGUUCUUCCUGGAGGACAAAGUGGUCUGCGUGGACAGGUUCAAAGUGGACGGCUACAGGACUGUGGCUCAGGGGACCAAAAAGGAGGGCUGCACCAUCCUCUUCAUGGUGUUGUACUUUUUCGGCAUGGCCAGCUCCAUCUGGUGGGUGAUCCUGUCCCUGACGUGGUUCCUCUCUGCCGGGAUGAAGUGGGGCCACGAGGCCAUAGAAGCCAACUCCCAGUACUUCCACCUGGCUGCGUGGGCGGUCCCGGCCAUCAAGACCAUCACCAUCCUCGCGAUGGGCCAGGUGGACGGAGACGUGCUGACCGGGGUCUGCUUCGUGGGGAUCUUCAAUGUGGACGCCCUCCGCGGCUUCGUCCUGGCCCCGCUCUUUGUCUACCUGUUCAUCGGCACCUCCUUCCUCCUGGCSGGGUUCGUGUCCCUGUUCCGGAUCCGCACCAUCAUGAAGCACGACGGCACCAAGACGGAGAAGCUGGAGAAGCUGAUGGUUCGGAUCGGCGUGUUCAGCGUGCUCUACACGGUUCCGGCCACCAUCGUCAUCGCCUGCUACUUCUACGAGCAGGCCUUCAGGGAGCACUGGGAGCGGACCUGGCACAUGCAGACCUGCAAGCGCUUCGCCAUGCCCUGUCCGGUCCACAACUUCGCCCCCAUGACCCCGGACUUUACCGUGUUCAUGAUCAAAUACCUGAUGACCAUGAUAGUUGGGAUCACCUCUGGUUUCUGGGUUUGGUCCGGGAAGACCCUUCAGUCCUGGCGGCGGUUCUACAAGCGCCUCAGCAAUGGGAACCAUGGGGAGACAACAGUGUGAAGUUUUUAUUUGGGAUUAAAACGAGGCCACUGAUUGGGCUGCACAGUUUAUCAUCCUGGCAGUGUCAGUGUUCACAAAUCACAAAGAACUUGCUUGGACUGUAAAUCACAGGCCCAUUUAUUUCAAGAAUCAUGAAUUCAUUUUCUGCCUAAUGUGGUUGAUCUAACAGACUCACCAGCCUUGACGCCCACACCUGAUGAUUGUGAUGACAGUGAGGAAAAUGUGGGUUUAUCACAACUCAUAUAUAUUACACAAUAUUCUAUGUUUUCCUGCUUUAGUGCAGCCUUAGCCACUGAUGUUUUGUGAACACAACAAUGAAAAUGAGGUCAGAUAGCUUUCAUUUCAACACUCCUAGCUGUGUUUUUUUUUUUUUUUUUUUUUAUUUCCUGUCCAACCCCCUCCAAAGUUUCCUAGUGGACUAACUGAGGCGUCAAGCAGUUUGUCUUAACUGCAGUGAGGAAAAAGGUCAAAGGUUUAUCCCCUGGAACAAACUGGGAAAUGGCGCCGAGACUAAACAUAAAUUACUCUGCCUCUUAGUUGGAGACUGGGAAGCUUUAAAACGUUUUAGACCCACGAGUUUGUGUUUAUGUGCCGAAAGGGAUGUUUUCGCCCAUGCCUGUCUGCCUGUUAGCAAAAUAUCUCAUGACCAAGAGACUGGAUUUGAACUAAACAUCCAGAAGGUGAUCAUUGGAUGUAGAUUUGAUUAGCAUUCGGAGCAGCCUUAAGAAAUCACAAAAAUAAGAGCUGUGCUGGCAAAAUUGAGUCACAAUAUUUGUUUCACUGUUGAGUUUAUGUUGGCAAAUUCUUCGUACCAAAACCCUUAAAUUGAUAUAUAUUUUAGCUAAAAUUAGAUUUAUCACCUGGCUAGCCACAACCUACUUUUGUUUACAAAGGUGUUUGUUUAAAAACGGUGUUUGUUUAAAAACGGUGUUUUCUGGUGUGAUGUCAUCAGGAAUUCCAGCCUGUGAGGUAAAGGAUUAUUUCUAAAGACUUAUUUGUUAGAAAACAUUCAUUUCAAUGUAGAUUUUCUGUUUUAGUUACUGGGAUUGUUAUAUGGUGUCUUUAUGAACUCAUUUUUACACAAAUCUAAGCAAAAAUCUGUAUAAUUUUGACUCAUUUUGCCAGCACGGGUCGUUAAUGGCUUCACCUUUUCAAGCCUUGCAGAUUUUUAGAAAAGAAAUGGUAGUAGCUGACAGUCAUCCUAAACACUUGAACCACUAACGAAUCUUGCAAUAUCACGAGAUUGAGCAUAAUCGUUAAUUUUCAUGAUUUGACCAACGUGGCUUCAUUUUUUUUCUCUUUUUAGUUUAAAACUCUGGUGUAAAAGGCGGCGGACGACGUUUAAAACUACUCUUUUUGUUUGUUUUUAAUGUUCCAGACUGAUGAAUUGGUGGUUCCUGUUCUGAAUGUUCACUCCGAAGAUGAAUGAAGUUUUUUACUGGUUUGCACAGUUAUUCUUAUAUAAAAAAUAUCUAUAUAAAUAUAUACUGUUACACUACAUGAUGACCUGGAACUUGCAUUUUUAUGGAGACCACACACACACACACACACAUUUGAGACACAGCAGCUCAUUGUUGGUCUCUGUGUGUGGUCUCUUUUACCCAUCAAAAAGACUUCUUUUUAAUCUUUUAAGACACCCAAAGCACCAUUUCAGUGAUCCACAUUUAAUCCGUGGGAGUACAAACGCUAAGAUGUUAUUUCAUCCUGGAUUGAGUYGACUGUACGAGUUUACACACGUUUAUUCUGUUCGGUGCGACCCGAUUUGCCUUACUUUAAAAAAAAAAAUCACAUGAAGUGUUAUGUGUCUUUACAAGCAGACUGAACUUUUAUUAUUAUUAUUUGUUUUAGUAUUCAGGCUACUUUUACAGAAGCAGAGAAAGAAACUGCAUGUUUUCUCUGCUGUCUUUUUUUAAAUGUUUGAUGUUCUGUGUUGGAGAAAUGUCAAGAAGGUCAGAUGUCUGAGGGGGCAGAAUCACCUCAGUGUAUAAAGUUGGUUUUGUUUAUAACAGAAAUAGGACAACGAAUCACAGUUUAACCAGACGGCGAGGGGGGAAAGUGAUUAUUUUUCUAAAUCUAACUUUUAGCCUUUUAAUACAGGAGAGAAAACUACGUGUCUUUAUUAAAACGUGAUUCAUCAUUACUGCUUGCGGUUCGCUCGGCUGUUUGAAACGGGAGAUUUUCACCUCUCAGACUAAACAAUAAAAUUAGGAUUUUUGUGCCAAGGCUGAGUCAGCUGCCAGGACCUUCUGUUUCUCGUCAUGUAGCACGUCGUCCCGCAUGCUUCACUUAUAAGUAAUGAAUGGAGGUACUCUGCAGCGCUGGGGGAACAGCUCACAGCAUUAUGACCUUCCACAGAGUUGGCAUUGUGGUUAAUUUAAUUUCUAACUCUGCCGUUAAUGCUAAAACAAAAUGUGCGUACUUUAUACCCAUCUUCGUUCUGUAUUUAAAAGCGGUUUGUAUAUAAAACCGUGCCUUUUUCCUUGUUUCUCCCCCCCCACAUGGAUGUGCUACAUACCUCAAGCUCAGAAAGCAAGUGUAAAUGUCUUUGCAUCCGGUUUUUACCAAACAACGUAAUCCUGUUUCUGUCUGGAGGCAGCUGAAAUCUGCCCGUGUCAAAAUAAAAUACCAGACUGAAUUGUUUAUUAUUUUGUUUUCAGAAGGAAAACUGGUGAUUUUUUUUUUAUUUUUUACUAGAACAUAUGCAAACCAGCAAGAAAACAGACUGUUUUUAAAUCAAAUUGUAUUUAUGGGGGAUGCUCAUGUUUGUGUCUUUUUUUUACUUGUAUUUUUUUAAAAUGAGAUAAGCCCAUUGUACGUGUACAGCUUGAAUAAAAGUGUUAAAGUUUGUAA